UCCUAAACCAUUUGCUACCGCUAUUUGUUUCUUUAUCAAAAGAAAGGUGACCGUUCCUCUGAUUCCAUUAUCCAGUCUUCCAAAUCGAGCUCGCUCAACAAUACUCACUUCAUAUCUGGAUCAAGAAUGGCGUCCGCCUCUCUCCUUCUUCCGCUAGGUUCUUCUUUUGCUGUGAAAUUGUCCAAUAAUUAUGAAAUAACCAGAGGCAGACCAAGAAGAGUUCCUGCAAAAUAUAUGAGUUUGGGACUUAGGGCGAAAGCUUCACAAAGUGUUGGGUAUGGGUAUGAGGAUGACAUGGCAUUAAUUAAAAGGCGGGAUGUGAUUGGAAUUGGAUUAGCUAUUACUGUUAGUGCUUCAAGCCUUCUAAUUCAGUCUUUAAAUGCCAAGGCUGCUGGGUUGCCACCACAAGAGAUACCAAGACUAUGUGAUGAAACCUGCGAGAAGGAGCUUGAAAAUGUUAUGAAGGUGCCUAUGAUAACUACAGUGUCUGGUUUGCAAUACAAGGAUAUAAAAGUUGGUUCUGGCCCUACCCCCCCUGUUGGUUAUCAGGUGGCUGCAAACUAUGUAGCAAUGGUUCCAUCUGGACAAGUAUUCGACAGCUCUCUGGAAAAGCGUCAGGUUUACAUAUUUCGUGUUGGCUCAGGUCAAGUUGUUAAAGGACUCGAUGAAGGGAUUCUAAGCAUGAAGGUUGGAGGAAAACGUCGACUAUAUGUUCCAGGAUCUUUGGCAUUUCCCAAGGGCCUAACUUCAGCUCCAGGACGGCCUAGAGUCGCUGCAAAUAGUCCUGUCAUUUUCGAUGUGAGUUUGGAAUACAUACCAGGUCUCGACGAUGAAGAAGAAGAAUAGUAAUAUGAAAUAUAUACUAUUACUACCUACUUUUUGUCAUGUCCAUAGUAUGUUUGUUUAUAGAGCUCACCCUGAAAGGAAAAUACUCAAAUACAAUCUUCCUAAUUUACCCUUCCUUCUCUUUUGAUCAUCCCGUAAAAGGUUGUACUGCUAAAAUGUAUCUAAUCAUGGACAAAAUCAUCUUUUUUAUUUGUAAAAUGAACUUAUCGUUUUGUAUGUAUGUAUUUUUACUCGGUAUAAUAUCAAACAAAACAUGGAUUCA